ACUUUCAGGUUGGAUUAUCCACGCUCAAGGUCACCCUCAGACGAAGAUUUACGGCCCCUCGAUGUCUCUGCGUGUGUAGCCACCCCAGAUGGAGCAUACACAUUGUGACAGUAGAGCAUGCUGCUGUUUGGCGGCUGACUUCGCUCGACAGAUAAUGCGGGUGAUUUGGAUCCAAAGCUGAAGAGCACAUCUUAUGGAAGAAGACGACGUUAUCUUAGGACAGUUUGUGGUGGAUGACCGAGUACGCAGGUUGUUGCUGCCUGGCUCCAUGCAGGUUCAGGCUUCCGAACCUCCAUACUGCGGCGCGGCUGGUCGAAGACACGUUUUGCAAGCAUUGCAUGAAGUUUGAUGCAGAGCUAUAAGGGUCCCCGUUGCACGGUAUAUUUCAUUCAACCGUCCUCACAUUAUUACGGCGAUGGGGUCGAACAGUCUUCCUUCGAGUCCUUUGACUCACAGAAAUCUGGAAAGACUCGAGCUGAAAUCGCCGCUUUUCAGGUCUAUGCCUCUUCUACAGUCUAACUCUUUCAAAGCCCCACUCAUCCCCAGGAACCCUUCCUCAGAUCUAAUGCGUACACGUCUUGACAGUCUUGAAGAGGAGCAGAGCAGUUUAGCGAACUCCAUACAUUCGAAUGUUCCAUUUCUUUCACGGCCAUUUUCUCGCCUCGGCAUGGUGUUUCCUGCAACGGGUCCUCUUCGAAGUAUUUCCAGCUCGGCUUCCUCGCCGGAGCUCCUUGUCCCUGGUCCCUCUCGAAGUCCUCUGAUGGAGCAGGAGAUGUAUUCACAUCAUAAUCAUCACGAUACUACACCGCUCUCCUUCUCACCACGCUCUACUCGUGUGGCACCGCUCUCAUCAACUAGUCUGCAUACGUUAUCAUCUGCCUUGCCAUCUCCAGCGCGAGCGCAGAGUCCACCAUCGGCAGUCGCGCUGUCGGUCUCCCAAACAUGUCCUCCCCUUGAGUUUCCUACGCAGGUGUUGCGCUCGCAAUCACAACAAUCUUCCAAAGAUGCCAAGGAACAAUUUCCUGUCCUUUCAUCUCAUUUACCCUCUCGGCAUCAUACGUUCUAUAUGAAGAACGACAUGGUUGUUCUGCAGGUUGAGAACACUCUGUAUUGCUUACCAUCCUAUACUCUAUGCAGGGAAUCUCUGCACUUUCGUCUUCUCCUGUCUAAUAGAGGUGAACAUGGUUCGACUGAUGAAGUACCGAUUUUACUUCCCAAUGUCAUGAAAGAAAGCUUUGAUACGUUGCUCCAUUUCCUAUAUCACAGUGUGUACGAACCUGAGUCGGUAACUUUGGGUGAAUGGGCCACCAUCCUGGCCGUGUCUACUCAGCUUCAAUUUGACCGCAUUCGCAAGACGUCGAUCAGAGAGAUUUCGUCUCGCUUAUCAAGCGUCAGCGCCGUAACAGCCAUUGUUCUUGCAAAUCGCUACGGUGUCCAGUCUUGGCUAGCCCCGGCAUACUCUGAGCUCUGUAGAAGGAGUGAUCCCUUAGCUGAUGACGAAGCUGAGGAACUAGGUGCGACGCUGACUGCACGUGUCGGGCGUGCAAGAGAAGCAGUUCACCGAGCCCUUUAUCAGAAGACGUAUGCUACUCAAUGGCCAACCGACGGUCAUAAUAUUGAUGACAGUAUCCUAGCGCGAGUGAUUCGGCAGGUGUUUGGAUGCGACUAGUGGCCAGCGUAACGAGAGAUCCUGGUUCUUCUCUAGCAGAGAUGGCAGGCCGCCUCUUGCACACCAGUUAUACUGAUUGUAAUCGCUAGCUUGAGCCUCUUCAGCCAAUGCAAAUGUUAUAGUCUAAUUGACAAAAUAGUUGACGGUUAAUAUUGAUGGUCAAAGU